CUUUGGUCCCUCACAUCGACCUUCGCGCUGUCCUCCACUCCACCAGCAAUUGAGCGUCAUCGCUGCUUUGUAAUUUCGGACAUCUCUUACCUACACGUGAUCAAUAGUCUGCCCAGACAUUUUGCUAGUCAAGUGUAUGCGCGGACUAUUCGCACCACUCGGACGCUUUCGGUGCAUAACUGCCGCUUCUUCUUGUCUUCCUGCCUCCAGACUCAGUGUCCUAGCGCCUAGAAGGCGACCGCGUCCUUCGCUGACGAUCUCUCAUCGACUAGCUCGCACCAUGUCGGACAAAGUUCAGCCUCCUGCCGGCGAGCAUGCUGCCGCUGCUCCUCCUGCGGCAGCAGGCGCCCCUCCCGUCGAUCCCCAAGACGGAGACAAACCAAUGACCAAGUCUGCCAUGAAAAAAGCAGCCAAGGAAGCCGAGAGACUGGCAAAGUCUGCUGCCAAGCAAGCUGUUCGAGCUGCCAACAACCCUGCCGCAGCCGCAGGUGCAGCCGCUGGAGAGGGCAAGAAAGCAAAGGCAAAGAAGGAGAAGGCGGUUGAGGAGGAGUGGGUCAACAAUACCAAAUCGGGAGAAAAGAAAGAUCUCUCUGGGCCCAUGGAGUCUGGCUACAACCCUUCGCAUGUAGAGGAGUCGUGGUACGAGUGGUGGGAAAACUCGGGCUUCUUUAAGCCUGCUGAACCCAGCGAGUCCGAUCCUCACGACCCCAAUAAGACCUUCGUGAUCCCAGCGCCACCUCCCAACGUCACUGGAGCGCUCCACAUCGGUCACGCAUUGACCAUCUCCAUUCAAGACACGCUCAUCAGAUGGUACCGCAUGCGAGGCUGGCGCGUACUUUUCAAUCCCGGCUACGAUCACGCUUCUAUCAGCACUCAAGCCGUGGUGGAGAAGCGACUGCUCAAGCUGGAAGGGAAGACCCGUCAUCAAUAUGGUCGCGAGGAAUUCUUGCGUCGCGUGUACGACUGGUCCCAAGAUUACAAAGGCCGCAUCGGCGGUCAGACACGUCGUCUGGGCGCAUCUUAUGACUACAGCAGAGAAGCAUUCACGAUGGACGAAACUCGAUCGAAAGCUGUCGUCGAAGCAUUCUGCAAAUUGCACGAGGAGGGCAUCAUUUACAGAGCCAGCAGACUGGUGAAUUGGUGCUGCAAGCUCAACACUACCCUAUCAACGCUCGAGGUCGACCAGAAGCAGUUGAGCGGGCGGACGUUACUCAACAUUCCUGGCUACGACGAGAAGGAGAGGAUCGAGUUUGGAGUGAUUGUAAGCUUUGCCUAUGAGGUAGCAGACUCUCCGACGGGCGAGCGUCUCGUGGUAGCGACGACUCGUCCCGAGACCAUGCUCGGUGAUAGCGCUGUGGCAGUCCACCCCAAGGAUGCGCGAUACACUCACUUGCACGGCAAACACCUCCUCCAUCCGUUCCUUCCAGAUCGCCGCAUUCCUAUUGUCACUGACGAGAUCGCUGUCGACAUGGAAUUUGGAACUGGUGCCGUCAAGAUCACCCCCGCGCACGAUCCCAAUGAUUACGAAGUUGGCAAAAGGCACAAUCUGGAAUUCAUCAACAUUCUCAACGAUGACGGCACGCUUAACCAUAAUGCGGGAGAAUUUGCGGGCGUCAAGCGCUUCACUGCUAGGCGGACCGUCGUCGAAGCCUUGAAAGCCAAGGGGCUGUAUGUCGAGACCAAGGACAACCCGAUGUCGGUCCCAGUGUGCAGCCGUUCGGGCGAUAUCGUGGAGCCACUCAUCAAGCCGCAGUGGUGGGUCAGCUGCAAACCCCUUGCUGAUGAAGCUGUGAAGGCCGUGGAAGAGCAAAAGAUGACCAUUGUGCCGGACACGAGCAAAAGAGAGUUCUUCAGGUGGAUGGACAUCAUUCAGGAUUGGUGCAUCUCUCGACAACUGUGGUGGGGACACCGCUGCCCAGCAUACUUUGUAGAUAUAGAGGGCAAGGAUCAGAAUCAAGACGAUUCCAGCCAGUGGGUAGUGGGUCGCAAUCUUGCCGAGGCAGAAGAGCGCGCCCGAAAAUUGGCAGGUCCCAAUGCCAGGUUCACUCUUAAGCAAGAUGAAGAUGUGCUCGACACCUGGUUCUCUUCUGGCUUGUGGCCUUUCAGUAUCAUGGGCUGGCCAGAGCAGACGCCGGACCUCCGACACUUCUACCCAAAUUCUAUGCUCGAGACAGGAUGGGACAUCCUCUUCUUCUGGGUUGCUCGCAUGGUCAUGCUGGGUGUGCACUUUACUGGCAAAAUUCCUUUCCAGGAGGUUUUCUGUCAUGCUAUGGUCCGAGAUGCGCAUGGACGCAAGAUGAGCAAGAGCUUGGGGAACGUUAUCGAUCCCAUCGACGUCAUCCAAGGCGCGCCCCUUCAGGCCCUUCAUGAUCAGCUCCGACAGGGCAACUUGGAUGAGAAGGAGAUUCUCAAAGCUCAAGCUGGACAGAAGAAGGACUUUCCCAAGGGUAUCCCGCAGUGCGGAACAGAUGCGUUGCGCUUUGCACUCUGCGCUUACACUGCCGCAGGAAGAGACAUCAACUUGGAGAUUGCCCGUGUUGAAGGAUACAGGAAGUUCUGCAACAAGCUGUGGAACGCGACACGAUUUGCUUUGCUCAAGCUCGAAGGCGGCUUUCAGCCAGCGGAUGAUGAGCACGUAUCGGGCAAAGAGUCGUUGGCAGAAAAGUGGAUCUUGCACAAGCUGGAUGAGGCAGCCAAAGAAGUCAACAGCGCGCUGGGGCAGAGAAACUUUAUGAGCGCCACUUCUGCCGUCUACAACUUUUGGCUUUACGAGCUUUGUGAUGUGUACAUUGAGGCCAUCAAACCUAUCACGGACCCCUCAGCGGAAGACGCAUCGGCCCGAGCAUCAGCGCAGGAGACGCUGUACACAGCGCUCGAGUCUGGUCUCAGGCUGCUUCACCCCUUCAUGCCUUUCGUUACCGAAGAACUUUGGCAGAGGUUGCCUAGGCGCAAGAGCCACGUCGUCCCCAGCAUCUCGCUGGCUGCGUUUCCUGAAGCUCAAAAGGUUAGGUCCAACUUAGCUGACGCACAAAGCUUCGAGAGUGUCAUGGCCGCUGUACGAGGAAUCAGAGCUCUUGCUGCUGAUUACGGACUUGCGAAGGGCAUCGAGGCCUAUGUGGAAGCCACUUCGGCGCAAGCUUACGAAGUGUUCAAGUCGCAAGAGGCGAUUUUGACUACGCUGAUCAAGGGUUGCGACAGCGUCAAAGCUGCUUCGCCAUCGAACAAAGCCGAGACGAUUCCCGAAGGCUGUGCUGUGCAAUCUUUGCCCUCUGCAUCAUGCAACGUUCAUGUGCUCAUCAAGGGCAAAGUGGAUAUUGAGGCGGAGCUAAGCAAGCUGGUGGCCAAGAUGGAACUGAAUACGAGCGGCUUGGAAAAAGUCCAAGCUCAGACGGAGAACAAGGAGGUGUGGGAAAAGACUCCUGAAGAUGUUAGAAAGGGAGCUCUGGAAAAGUUGCAACACCUCAAGAGCGAGAGAGAGACGCUCGAGGGCGCAAAAGCUACGUUCGAAAAGCUGAAGGAUUGAACAGGAUUUCUGCGCAAAAGGCCUCCUCUUUCUCUCUUGUGCUUGCCAAAAAUCCGCUUUUGCAGUCGCGAAUUAGCAAAUGGACAAAGAAAGCGGUUCGAACAAGAGUUGCAUACCCCGAAUGACUGAUGCCACGAUCGUGCUAGGAGUGCGUCACGUGGCGAUGCGUUCGGAUUGCGCGGUCUCAAGACAGAGCAGCUGUGGUCGAACUCUGUCCUCGAGAAGGAAUUCAUAUACAGCCCAGCCAAUUGUACCUCGUGCUGCGCG